UCCGUCAGUACCAGACGCAUGGAGUGAGCGCCCUCAUCUGCGAUUGAAUGCAGCUCACUUAAGCCAGCGCCAUUUCGAUCUGACGAUUCGCACUCAGCUUGUUGUGCUUAGCGGUCAUUUGCGAUCCAGACUAACUUGCCCUUCCAUGAGAAAUUCCUUACCCAUUGUUGUGGUAUUUACUGUGCUUUUUGUUAGCGCUCGGUUGUCUGCUCACAGCUUACCAUGGUUUUCUCGGUCACGUACUCCACCCUCUCCAAUCCAUCCCGCCUCGCUGGAGUUGGAGCCUUCCUACCACAAAGGACACACUCGGCAUCAUCAGUAUCACCGCCAAGGUGAUUUUCACGUGCUCAAAGGAUCCAUGCUGCGCCAAUUACCCAGGCUCAUUAAAAAGCGUCGCCCUGUAUUGUACAAACGUGUGCUCGACGUCACCCCUCUCCUGAAACAAGAAGAAAAUGAAAUUAUGGAUGACGACCUGCUGGAUUCUGCCCCCAUGGUGAUACAAUCACCUAUGGUCGAGAAAAAAGUAUCUUUCCCAAACAUCGAAACACUGGACAAAACGCCUGUGCAAGUGGAGAUGAUUCAUCUCCUUCGCCGCCUCUUGAAACCGAAGAAGCGCAAACGGAGUAAUCGUAAAGGACUAAUUGAAGGGGCGCAUCACAUAAUCAUAUCUCAGACUCCCGCGGAGACGACUACAUCAGUGCAAACUGCAAAUAAUUGUCCUCAGCCUGCCACGGGAACUUCAGGUUCCCCUAGGUCGGAGCUUCCGACGGCACCACCUCCAACAUCUCCUUUACCUCCCUCUCCUCCCCCAAGCCCCCCUAGUGCGUUGAGUCCUCAGUCAGUUCCGCCACCAGCCCCAUCGCCUCCGCCUCCAGGUUUACCAGGUUUACCUCGUUCAGAAUUACCAGUGGGCAGUAUUUCGCCUUCCUUACCAGCCACCUCUGCUGGAGUCAUCGUUACCCCGUCACAGGCGGCCCUUGGCCUUCAAUCUCACAUUGCUGAUCAGACGCACGCCGCACUGCUUCCCCUAACUCAACGACCGACCGUUGCCGUUACUCCCGUGCUUGCCGAACUGGGUGCAAUGCUGCUCGCGACUCAACCGGCUUUGGGAGCUGCUUUAGGGCUGACCACGGCGGACUAUGGUCACUCAGCUCAUACUGUGGCCCCAGUCGCCCUACCACAAACAGCAGCCGUUAGUCUACCGGUACCCGCGGUAGUCCCUAUUACUCAAACUGCUACCCCGGAUACCCAUUCAUCUCUGGCCGCUGAACUGGCGAGUUUAGUGACCUCACUGCAGCAACAGCAGGAGCUACAAAGACAACAUCUCCAACAACAACAGCAGCUGCAGCAGGAACAGCAGAAUUUAUUACAGCAGCAAAGAAGCCAGCUAGCACAACAACUGCAACCACAGCAACCGAUACAACCGUCAGCCGUGCAACCGCAGACUGUUGUCCCCCAACCAGCGACACCGCAAUUGGAUGCGCAAGGUCGUUUUACGCUUCCUACGGGUAGCCAAUUCCCAGGGACGGACGGGACUGGGGUCCCUGGUUCUACAGUUGGCGGUGUGCCUGAUGCUGCAAUUGGAAGUGUGCCUGGUAGUGCAGUCCGUGUUAUUACUAGUGGCACAUUUGGUCAGCAGGUGCCACAGGCAAGUACGAUCAUAUCAAUGAUUCCGCGUACUAUUCUUUCAGUGAGUUCCGCAGACGACGACUAUGAUGUGGACGACAAUCUUCAGUAUCCAGUCCAUACCACACGCACUGUUAAGAAACGGAAAAAGUAUUUCACCCGGAAGCUUCUUCGUAAAUCGAAUGAUGCACUGUUGUACUGAUGUGAGUAUAUUUGAACAUAUUACCACCUGGUACCUGCUCUGAACUCAGAACAUUUAAUCUGUUGUUUUUAAACUGUGGUCUUCUCCCCAUAAUUUCGGUAUUCGAAUGUUUUCUUUAAAUCCUAGACGCGCAUGUACUGCUGUGCGACUUUGUCCGUUAGGUAUUUAUCGCCUUGUUUGACCCAUCCCGGAAUAUCGUGGGUACAAAUUUCCAGAACUAUGUCGCGCACUAGCUUAAAGUUAUAUCACCGAUAGUGUAGUCUAGUUCUUAUUCGCAGUGUUGAUAAGUACUUCAUCGUCGCUAUGGCAGCCCUGUAAAAGACACACCCCGAACGUUUGUAAUUCAGGAAUCUUUACGUUAACAACGUUUUUGUGAAUC